AGGUCGAGACAAGAAACCACUUUAGCCACAAGCUCAUCAUCCAGAGGGCAACCUCCAGAUGACUCCUGUCGACUUGGAUCCUUAUGGCCCCCCCCUCACUCCAGAGAACACCUCAGGAGCAUGCAUGUUUCCUUCACCGAUGAGUCUCUCCAAACAUCUCCUCCGCCACCCCCUCCGAAACGCCACUGUCGGUCCCUUUCUGUCCCAGAAGACCUGUUUCAAUGCCGUUCUAACUGGCAUCCCAGUGCAUCCAAAGUUUGGACACCUGUGAAACGUGGCUGCCAAAGUAGAGGGGCUUCUAUUUCAGGCUCGGCAGUUAACGCGUUUCCACUUUGUGCUCACAGUUCCUCUUUCACCUCCUCUUCCCUGAAUUCAUCAUCUAGUCCGACCUUCUUUAGCCUAGCACUGUCCUCUGACUCCCCACUACCAUGGAGUUUCUCCUGGGACCCCUGUGAUACACUGAAGGGAGCCUGCUCCACCUCCUUUGCUACUCCUUCGUCAUGCUCCUCUUCACCUGCCCCGCUGAUUCCUCACUCAGUACUCCAGCGCCGCUUCUCCUUGUCACCUGUGCACAUCCAAGACACUCAAGUGGUGCUCCGGCCCCCUCAACCCUGCCCUGCUUCUGCUCUGGCACAAGGUUCUUCUGGCAGUGAACACCCAGCCCUGUCUCAGUCUCCCACAUCAGCCUGCAGCACCCCAUCCUCCUCCAGGCGUAACAUGCGUCCAGCGUUGCCACGAUGCCACUCACAGCCCUGUGACAUGCGAAAACCCCGCUUGAAAAGGCGCUAUGAUGCAGAUGUUCCCCCCUACACUAGACCGGGCUUGGACUUUGGCAAGAUGACACAGAUUGGUAAUCGUGACAGUCUGUUGUGUGGACAAGAUAGCUGCCAAGCUCCACUGACCCAGGCAGAACAGGUCUCCGCUUUCUCCCCUGCCGACUUCUUGGGACAAGUCAGCAUCGGACCACUGAGUGAGAGUGAAGAGGAGGAUGAAGAGGAAGAAGAUAAAAGAACAUGGAGUGCGAUGGCUGAGGGCCAAAAGACUGUUUUUGAACGAGACUGCACAGAACUGGACUUGAACCUCAUAGAAGAAAACUGACCACUUGUUGCUUCCAGCGUCUUAGGAGCAUCCUUUACUAUGUUAAGCACACCGGAACGCUUUUCUGCGCUCUCUAGGCAGAGUCCUUGGAAACAUGCUAAUCACCUAAGGCUUACAUUUAAAGGUUGUAAUCGAGAACCAACGUUUAUAGUUAUCCAAUAUCAAAACUACACAAUGAUUGUAACCAUUGAGAGCUACAUUUCACAAUGUCAGUGCCUGCCAAAGCAACACUCCAUGGGGAAAUGUGCAUGGACCAAUAGGCAACUUUUCAAGCAUUCUUUUUAGCUUAAAUUUCACAAUGGUAAAUGUCUUAAUUCAUCUGUUUACUAUUGAUAUACCUCUAAUAUGUUGCAUAUCUCUAUCAAAGACCAUUUUAACUGCAGGUAUUUGCAGAAUAUUUAUUUUGCAUAUAAGUGGCACAGGCUCCUAAUUUGGCAAAAACAUUUUAAUUUAUAUGUUUUUAACCACACUUAGAUUGAACUGUCUUGCUUUGACCUGAAAAGCGAAACAUUGUUUACUAAAUUUCUCAUUCAUAUACACAGCCCAAAUUAAAAUAACCACACUUCGGGGUGUAACAGUAUAGAACACCCACCCAUACUUGCCCAAAGAACAUUACUUACUUUGUUUUGACUUUGUGGACCAACAUUUCAUUGUAAAAAUGGAAUAUUUUCCCCCAGAAAAAGAAAAAAA